AUGGUUCGAGUCACCGAGGAGCUGGCCUUGUCGCCAGAGCACGUCACUCUCUAUCAUGCCAGCGAUCCAUUGCUGGGCCACCUGCCUGUCCUUGUCUUCCACGGCCCCUCGACGACGGCAAACUACACGCUGAACAGCUCGCGCGUCCAGAUCCACAUCUACAGCCCAGCCGGUUUCCAGUCCUACCCGCGAGUCACCAUAUCGCCCAACUCGCCUUUCUAUGGCGUCGUCACCCACCUGCCUCGGGAGUUCCAAGGCGACGAGAUAUGUAGGGGUCUCGCGUUUGGACUGUUCAAGUACUUCAAGGAGCUCCCGGAGGUGGUGAAGAAUCAUCUGAAGAAUCAGUAUCCCACCACUCGCGGCCGACGACCGGGCUCGGCUCCCGCUCUGUUUGGAGAGCAGCACGCAGCGGACUUGGCCAAGUCGAUGGUCAAGUCGGAGAAUACAGCAGAAGUCAUUCGAGUGCUUCAAAAUGCACUGCAGACGCAACACAUCAACAAUGUCGACAUUGAUUUUGUCCUACCGCCCGGCUCUAUUGUGCCCCUCCAGCCUGAGGAACUUGAGGAAGUACCCGAAGACGAAGAUGAUAUUCUGGAUCCAACAUUGAGACAGUAUGGCGGAUACAACCCGUUGGUCAAGCUCUGGGGCGAGCCCGUGUUCUUGCCCACCUCGAGAUUACGACGAGCGCCAUCCAAGCCAAGCUCCCUGAAUAGAAGCAAGUCUUUCACCAAGGACCAGAAGCUUGAGUUGCGGAUGAAACUCGGCGAGCUGGUGGAUACCGAGGAACGAUACGUUCUAAAGCUGAACGAGCUGGUCAAGCACAUCGCCGAUGACUUUCGCCAAAAUGCGCGGAAUCGUCCAAAGGAGAGCCUCAGUCCGUCAGACGAAGAUAUAGAGAAGUUGUUUCCACAAUCUGCAGACCGGAUUCUACAAUUGAACUCGGCGUUCAUGGAAGAGCUUCGAAAAGCCAUGGAUGACACUGAAGAAGAUGCUGUGAAGGAUAUAGAAGGCCACAUUCUGCCUGUCGGAUCUAGACUGGGCGUUUCAGCGAAAGCAAAGGACCCUAGUGGCGCCCUUGCUAUUGCUAGAAUCUUUCUAGAAUGGUUCCCCAAGUUCACCGACAGCUAUCAGGACUACAUCCGUGCGAGUCAGCAUUUCCCGCAGUUAUUGAACAACUUCCUCAACAAGGAGUCUAGCUUCAGAACAAGGGUGGCCAACACGGGAGAGCAGAUGAUCCGAUCCAUUCUCAUCGAGCCGGUUCAGAGACUGCCUCGAUACAGUCUGCUGAUCGAUCAAAUCGUCGGCUGUCUUCCUAUCACACAUCCUGCUCUGCAGCCUAUGCUCCGAGCACGGGAUAUCAUUGCGAAUAUCUGUUCGAUGGACGAGCCUCUGCAAGACAAACCCCAUAUCACCAAUCGUCUGCGCAACAUGGUCGAGUGCUGGCCGCCCGACCUGGAACCCCAGGGCAGAUUGAUUUUGGCGGCAGAUUUUGUAGAGAUACCAGCGCCUUAUAUCGACGAGCCUCAAAAUGCCAAGGAGAGCGAGAGAGCGGGAAUAUUCCUCUUGUUCUCGGACUCUGUAGUCAUCUUGAAGAAGUUGACAACCCCUGGCCUUACAGGGCGAGAGUUCCUACGUGAAGUUGAGAAGCCCUCACCGGCCGGUCUUCUCGCAUCAAUGACCAAUGCGGCAGGAGGACCUGGUACAUACGAAUUUGCAUUCACCGGAUGGCACAAUUUAGCAGAUGUCCGCUUCACUGAGUCUGCUGAUGGACGUCUGAUCUGGAUGACAUCUACGCAAGAAAUGAAAGGCGCACAUGUUGGAGGUUAUGUAACUGGCAAGGCUGUUACUGCGCGUUGUUUCCUUUUGCAAGAGACCCUGGAGGGGAAGGCAGCAAAGUGGAGCGAAGACGUCGUGAAGGCCCGAAUCGAGGGCCGUUUCUCUGAAGCCGAGCGUGAAACUCCCGCAUGGACUCUGAGGUCGGUGAGGAUGCCAGAUAGCAAUCUGGGAAUGCACGCGGCCGUAUUUCAGGAAGCCGCCGAACAACUUGUCGAGGGUCGAAAAGAGCCUGCCCCUAUCAGGGUGGUGAUCGACAAUGACAAGGGAACCAAAAGCGCACCGGUGGGACACUUUGGAGUUGAGGUUGUUGUCGAGGUGCAGAGUCGUGAUUUGAAACGAGUGCGGAUGAAUUGUCUAGGUCUGAAUGGGAAGGGGUAUACCGAUGAUAUCGCUCUCGAAGACUUCUUGCCCACACUCUCACGGCGCAUCAUACAGCUCUUAAGCACGCAGUUCAAUGUCUCAAACCUCCGGCUGGCACCGGCUAUGGUGUCCUAUUACACCAAAAUAAUACGGGGUCUCAAAUUCUCGACGAAGAUCGAACGGCCCAAGUCAUUCCUUGCAACCUCGCCCGUUAAGCUGCUGUCAAGCUUCCUCGGUGGCGGAACCGUCUCUGAGACGACAACCAAUACAAGCAAGCACCAACGCCCUGCCGUUGCGAACGUCUUCCCACCGCCUGCGUUGAAUAGAUCAACAAGCCAGAAAGAGACGGAGUCUUUUACUGAUUCAAUCCGGAGUAGAGACGGUGGGCGCCAAGCAACAGACGAUGACCGACCGGAAAAUCCCCUGGUCCGUCUCGAGCAGACAUUCACAGGCUAUAUUGCGUGUCUGCAAUCUCGGAAGGGUCAGUUUGUCGGCCGCACUCUGCUCAACAGAGGGGCUGCUGACGAAUUGUCCGUCAACGACCUGUACAAUAGACUCAUCGAGAGUCCAUACGACUGGGAGGUAUCUUCAGAUCUGACAACCGAGGUCAUUUUCGUCGCGUUUGAGAAGUUCGUACGUAUUGCGUGGCGAGAUCAGAUGGGGCCCAUCAUGACCAUACAGGCGCUUGACUUGUUGCAGGAGCGCGCUGGUCGGAGAGCUGUAGGCGAUUUCGGCGAUUUCGUGAACUACCUCUUCUCGGACAUGGCUCCUCAAAACCGCAGAGCCUUCACAGCGCUUAUCAAGUUACUUGCCAACUUGUUGGACGGUUGUGGGAACGAUGGUGAUCGAGGUGCCCUCACACUUGCGUUCGCCGAGUUGCUUGUCGAAGAUGGCAGUGCCCACAAUUACAUAAAUCUUCUCGAUCGCCUCGUUGAAGACUGCGAUCGCAUCUUCGAUGAGGUCGGUUUCGGUGCCGGUAUCCACCUUCGGGGAUCUGCAUACGAGUCGAUGAACUCGACAACACGUAGCUACAAGUCUGGUUCAGGAUCCAUCACAUCCAACACCUCUUCACUCCGAAGAAAGUUUGAUACCCUUUUGCGACAGAAUAGCAAAGCUGAGACUGAGCGUCCUUCGAUGUGGCGUAGUCUAAGCAGGCACGGCAGGAAUCCUGCUACUGGUGAGAGCUCAAGCCUAUCAAAGGCAUCUGUCAACAGGGCGAGAUCAAUCGAUAUGGGUCAUCCGGCUGGACCAAACAAGUUGAGACGCCCGCAAUCUCGCGAUAGGCCGCCUAUUGCGGGUGCUUUCGACGAAACAAUCCAGCGCCCGGCUAGCUCCCACAGACUGGAAACGAUCGGCGAGCCAGAGGUUGAGGUCACAGAGCCCAAGUCUCUCAAGAAGAAGCGCCGAAGCUCGCUCUCCGAUCUCAAGAGUCUUAUGGAGGCUGCCACGCUUGAAGAUACGCCGUUGCAGCCCCUGCGCAUUACGAAACAGACUUCUGAGAAAUUCAACUCGAGCCUUCCGUCACCCUCGAAGAUCCCAAUCAGCCCUCAAUUCCAAAGCUUGCGAUCGCCGCGCCAGAAGGAGAACGCGCCCGGUGACGGCUUCCCCAAGCUCGCAUCUCCGCCGGAAGUCCUAAAGACUACCAGCCCUGACAAGUCCGAAAGGCGCCCUCAUGCUAAGACCCUAUCCACCUCUAAUAUCCCGACUCUGAAACUCACGCGCAUGGCCAACAAUUCGACCGUAGCGGAGUCACCCACGCGGCCUACCUCGAGCCCCAGCAAGUCGUCUAACCAGAAACUACGACUACAGUCUCCGCAGAAGCUGCGAGAGCGUCUACAAGCGGAGAAGAAGGCAGUCGACGAAGUUGAUGCCAGCCUCAAGUCCGAGCUCUCACGCAUCGGCGAGGACAUGGCCCGUGUGAACGGCGCGAUGCCGCGAUCGGUAACGCAGGACAUCCACAAGCUCUCGGCGUCGCUCAAGGCCCUCGAGGAGCGCGUGCCGCAGGUGAUAGAAGAACUGAGCGAGCGGCACAGCGCGAUCCAGCGAGACCUAGAGAGCACGCUCAAGGCGAGCGAGUCCAAGGUCAAGGCGAUCGACCAGCUGUUCAAGGAGUCGACGGCCGAGAACGAGCUGCUGUACGAGAAGUUCAACUCGGAGCUGGGCAAGAUCGUCAAGGCGCUCAAGGGCAAGGGCCGCGAGGACAAGGAGGAGCUGAUCACCAAGCUGAAGGAGCAGAGCGAGGAGACGGCGCGGGUGAAGAAGGAGAACGCCCGGCUCAGGAGAGAAAUGGUCAGCCUGCGGACGCUACUGAAGGGUGGCGACAACUAA